AUGACAGGAUAUCUCCCAGUUUACUCCGAGCGUGGACGACUGUCCUACAUCCCGGAUAACUUAUAUCAACCGCCCGGCGCUCCCUUAGGUCUCUUUCAACCCCGUAGCCGAAGACCCCACCGAAUCCACAUCGCUCACGUCCCCCCCGAGUACACCAUCUACCUCAACAAGCAGAAAAAGCAACGCACCGUUCGCCGCAGAACCAUCCUCAUCGAAAAGCUGGCGGGACCACGAGAAAACGCGAAACGAUUUCUGAGGUCCUUCAUAGCCUCACCAAUCCACUCCGACGCACAGUCCGACCACUCCUCACACCGAUCGUCGAUAGCUAGUGACAUUUCAGGCGCGACGACUCCCAGUCGGAGGUGGUCGCAGACGGAUACCAUGCGGACAAAUUCGCGGGACGUGGUUGGUGGUCCUGUGAGCGGGAUCAUCAACCGACCGCAUCUAGUCGAGUCGGUUCGCACCAACUCAGGCCGUCCUGCAAAGAGCACUACGAGCAGUGUCGUCCGCGCAGUACCUGAAGAGAAGCCCCUUGCAUCGGGAAAUGGCAUCAACGUGUCGGUCUCCCUCGCUGAACCAGUACUCUUCCUUCAGGGAUUCGAGCACUCGGAGCACUCGGAACGAAGUACCGCUAUGCUGAGGGGAAGCCUGCGUUUAAAUGUCACAAAACAGUCCAAGAUAAAGGCCGUUACACUGAAAUUUCGCGGUAAAGCUGUCACGAAGUGGCCCGAGGGCAUUCCUCCCAAGAAAACCGAGUUUGAAGAAAUAGACACCAUUAUGAGCCACACGUGGCCGUUUUUCAACGCACAAUUUCCAACCGCGGAGGCCAACACGGGUGCAGAUCACGUUGAGAUCUACAAAAGCUCCAACGGCUCGAAUUCCACGCUUCCUGUCAUUCCCAAAGGAAGAGGCUCUCUCGAUGUCUUUGGAAGGGAUUCGCAUAACGCGUCAUCCACGAAUCUAACCUCGCGGGAGGCUAAGCGACUUUCACUGCAAGUUAACCAAUCAAGAAGUUUCGGCAAGGCUGAAAGCUCGACCAACGGUCCUUCAGUGGCACAAAAGGGCUACAGAGUCUUCAAUGCGGGCGACUAUGUGUACAACUUCGAACUUCCACUGGAUAGUCACCUGCCAGAGACAAUCGAUGUUGAGCUGGGCUCUGUCAAGUAUGAGCUAGAGGCCACGGUCGAACGCGCGGGUGCUUUUCGUGCCAAUCUCGUCGGCAAUAAAGAAGUCACCUUAAUCCGAGCACCAUCCGAAGGAUCACUCGAGCAGGUUGAACCCAUCGCCAUCAGCCGAAGCUGGGAAGACCAACUGCAUUACGACAUCGUGAUCUCUGGCAAAUCGUUCCCGCUAGGGUCACAGAUUCCAAUAGCCUUCAAGCUUACUCCACUCGCUAAAGUGCAAUGCCACAGGAUCAAAGUAUUUGUGACGGAGAACAUCGAAUACUUCUGCUCGAACAAGCGAGUGCAUCGGAUGGAACCAACUCGCAAAGUGCAGCUAUUCGAGAAGCGUGCGGAUGGGCCGCCUACGAGUGCAUUUCCAGGAAGCACAAUGAGAGUGAUUUCUGGAGGCGGUGUGCCGUAUGCCCAACGGGCAGCAGCGUCGAGAGGGGAAACUUUUGCUCCGCAAGAUCCGGGCAAUCUUCUCGGCGAUCUCAGCUCGCCUGAGCUGGGCAUCGGGCCGACUGAAAUGGAGUUCAACGUGCAGCUACCCAGUUGCUCGAACCUCCGGGAAAAGGAAAAGCUGUGUAAACUGCACUUUGAUACGACAUAUCAAAACAUACAGGUGCACCACUGGAUCAAGAUUGUGAUGCGCCUCUCCAAGCCUGAUACUACGGAUCCAACAGGCAAGAAACGCCGUCAUUUCGAGAUAUCGAUUGACUCACCCUUCCACAUUCUUUCUUGCCGAGCGACACAAGCAAACACGGCAUUGCCGGCUUAUUCGUCACCCGAAACGGCAGAAGACGAGACUCGGAUGCCCGAGUGUGGAUGUCCUGGAGCGACCACUCGGCGCACAUCCCCGACUUCGUUCGUUCCAACCCUCAACUCGUUGAAUCAAUCACGAGGAAACAAUAGUGCAGCACUUGAUCCGAUAUCCCCGGAUCUUGCACGGCCACAGCAAGCUCAUAUCGGCGGGCCAAUUGACAGCAGCUUGCAACGACCGAUCCACUUGAUGCGGGUUCCCUCGUUCAAUCCGCCCGCAUUCGAAGAUGGGGACCCGCCUCCACCGCUGGAGACACCUCCGCCGGAGUACGACAGCAUUGCAUCGCCUACAAAUGGACUUGCAGACUACUUCUCGCGUCUAUCGGACGCGUACGACGAAGACAGCGAAGGCGAGAUUGGCGGGAGCAGGUCGCGCGUAGAGAUUCCAUUGACGCCGGGCAGUCGUGUGAAUAGGAGCAUGGACGAGCGCAGGACGUGGCUGCCAGUCGGGCACUGAGCAGCACAGCUGGAAAUAGUACAAAAGCAAGGAACAUAACGAACGUGAUGACAGCAUGUGAAAUGAAGAGCUAGUGUUUUCUUGAUGACGAAGGGGGGAUAAAGAAGAAGGGUAUGCUGGACGGCGAAAUAAGGAUUGGGCAGCACGACAGGGUUACGUUUUGCAUCAGCAUGGGCUCGAGUCGG